UUUCUAUUCCAAGGACAAUGAAGGCAGCUGGUUCCGUUCCCUCUUCGUCCACAAGGUGGACCCCCGGAAGGACGCCCACUCCACCUUGCUGUCCAAGAAGGAGACCAGCAACCUCUACAAGAUCCAGUUUCACAAUGUGAAGCCCGAGUGUCUGGAUGCCUACAACAGCCUGACGGAGGCCGUGCUGCCCAAGCUGCAUCUGGAUGAGGACUACCCCUGCUCGCUCGUGGGCAACUGGAACACUUGGUAUGGGGAGCAGGAUCAGGCAGUGCACCUGUGGCGCUUCUCGGGUGGCUACCCAGCCCUGAUGGACUGCAUGAACAAGCUCAAGAACAACAAGGAGUACCUGGAGUUCCGGAAGGAGCGGAGCCAGAUGCUGCUGUCCAGGAGGAACCAGUUGCUCCUGGAGUUCAGCUUCUGGAAUGAGCCUCAGCCCAGAGCAGGCCCCAACAUCUACGAGCUGAGGACAUACAAACUCAAGCCAGGAACCAUGAUUGAGUGGGGCAACAACUGGGCUCGGGCCAUCAAGUACCGGCAGGAGAACCAGGAGGCGGUGGGCGGUUUCUUCUCACAGAUAGGCGAGCUCUACGUUGUGCAUCACCUCUGGGCCUAUAAAGACUUGCAGUCUCGGGAGGAGACUCGAAAUGCUGCCUGGAGGAAGAGGGGCUGGGACGAAAACGUUUACUACACAGUCCCCUUGGUGCGACACAUGGAGUCUCGGAUCAUGAUCCCCUUGAAGAUCUCGCCUCUCCAGUGAUGCCGCAGCUGCCUCCACCUCCUUCCCCUUCCUCCAGGGCAGCCCCGGACAGAGGAGCUCCGGAUCCUGCUGUCUUGGUUUUCUCUUGGCUCUGGGAGGACUCUGAGGGCUAGUGCUCAACUCAGAAAAGGGGGCGCUGAAAAAGUACAGGGUUCUGAGGACUUUCAGCUCUGCCCAGGCCUUCCUGCCGUCCUCCCCAUCCCCUACACCCCCGCCCCACUCCUUCCCACCCGCUGGAAGUAGUUUCUAAUUCCUGGUAUGAUGAAUAGCAACCUUUUAGGUCUUUUCAAUCUUCCAAGAUUUCCUCAAGGCCACCAGUCCAUUGGGCCACGCAUUGCUGAACAGUCUGAGCCAAGUCGUUCCUGCUGGGGAAAAGCCUGGGACUGCCAGAACCUCUCAAGUCAGGAAGGUCAGGAGGAGAUCCAGACUUCUACCGAGAGGCAGGAAAAGGGAUGGGAGUGGGAAGGAUUUCAGGGCAGGAGACAGACAUGGGACAGGGACCCAGAAGGCCGAACUUAGGAUUCAGAACUUAGUUUUUGACUGCAGAAUUUGGAAUACAGAAUUGAGAAGCUAGAACAGAAGAUAAAGAAGACCACUUGGGAAGGGGUCCCUAACACCAGGCAGAUUGAGAGAGGCUCAUCCUCUUCUCCCUCCAUAUUGGUGGAGAACUUGAAUGUGCUGGAGUCCUAUAGAGUCUCUCCUGCCGUCCCUCCUUCCUGUAGGCAAGAGUAAGGCUCGGGCCUGUAUUUCUCUCACCCUGCAUUUCUUCUCCCUGACCUGACAAUCUGUCAGUCUAACCCUCAUUCUGCAGGGCCACCCGGUGUGUACAGCGGGGUCAGUGAUUCUGGGGACCUCCUCAGAGACCUCCAUACCUCAUGAACCCCUGGGUAGCUUGAUUCUGCCUCCUUACCAGGAAAACGUGCUGACGUUGAUGGAACCAAUUAAAUAUUUACUAUAAA